UUGUGAUCUAAAUAUGUUUGAAAAUGGACUCCUUCCUCUUCACUUUCAUAUUCAAGUCAAAAACGAUUUGUCACAGUAGUUAUUAAAGCCGCCUGUCUCAGAAAAUCAAACCUCCCACACUUUCACGGAAAUCCCGAACCUUAUCUUUCUAAUUUCUACAUGCUUCCUUACCAAGAAACCCCGUCAAUUCACCCAACUCUCUUCUUCGUUUAUAUUUCUCCGACAUUCUAAUGACUACAAAAACAUCAAUUCCUCGGUGACUUCUAUCGGAACUCAGCUUUCAGGCGACCGUUUCCGGUGUGGAAGAAGAACAAAUGUCUUCAUUGAAUCUCCAAGAACUGAAGGUGCUUUCCGUCGUCGGAAGGGGGGCAAAAAGCGUGGUCUUUGUUGUUCGAAAUGAAGCCGCCUCGUCCAGGGAAAUUCUUGCUCUGAAAGUGAUUUAUAAAACUUCAAUCCAGAUCGAGAGUACGAAUAAGAAAAGAAGCGAAGAUAGAGAUGGUGGCUAUAGGCGUAUCAUGUUCGAAAGAGAAGCCUUGAAGCAGUUUAACCAUCCACUUCUCCCAAAGCUCCGAGGACUUUUUGCCACCAAUAAGUUUGAUGGGUUCGUCAUGGAUUACUGUUCAGGUGGAGAUCUUAACUCGCUGAGGAAGAGACAAACCGAGAAGAUGUUCUCUGAAGAGGUUAUCAGGUUCUACGCAUCAGAAUUGGUUCUAGCAUUGGAGUACCUACAUGGAUUAGGGAUCGUUUACAGAGAUUUGAAGCCAGAGAACAUAGUGAUUCAAGAAACCGGUCAUUUAAUGCUCGUUGAUUUCGAUCUCUCGACGAGGCUUUCAUCGAAAUUUCGUAAAAGUCCUCGGAUUCCACAACCGACCCCCACGAGAUCCGAAACUCUAACAGUGAGAGGCUCGCUGAAGCAGAAGUUUUCUCCGUCGUUUCUCUUCCGUUGCAACUCAGGUAUCUCGGGUGACGACUCGGUAUCUCCGGUGGAAACUAGAGUCAACCCUGAACCAGAAGAGUCGGUCUCGGUUGAUGGGAAGUCGAACUCGUUCGUCGGAACGGAGGAGUAUGUCUCUCCUGAGGUCAUCUUAGGGAACGGCCACGAUUUCGCCGUCGAUUGGUGGGGCUUAGGGGUCGUUCUGUACGAGAUGCUUUACGGACGGACGCCGUUCCGAGGGUCGAACCGAAAGGAGACUUUCUUUCGGAUCCUGACGAAAGAGCCAGAGCUGAUCGGAGAGCAGACAUCUCUGAGGGACUUGAUCAGGAAGUUGUUGGAAAAGGAUCCAACAAAGAGGAUUUCGCUCGAAAGAAUCAAGGGUCACGAUUUCUUCAGGGGGCUUGAUUGGAAAUCAGUGUUGCAAAUCUCGAGGCCGCCGUUUAUCCCUGCGGUAUGGAAAGAGGAGGUUGAGGGUAAGGGAAUUGAUGUGGAAAUGUUUGUUAGCGGGCAUUUCUGUGGGGCCAACUUGGAAAAAGAAAAUUAUUCUGUCAAUUUUAAUAAGGAAAAGAAUGCGAAUGGGUACGAGAAGAGUGGGGACACGAGGAAAUAUGAGGAUUUGAAAGAUUCUUCUGGAACGACUCAGUUUUCAACUUUUUAAUUUUUUAAUUAUAAAUUAGUGAAUUAUUCGGUAUUAAGUAUGGAAAGUUAAUUAUAUAUAUAUAUGAAUAAAUACUAAUGAUUUUU